CACUACGUGGUAUCUAAGAAUAAAAUCACAUGAGUUUUAUAACCACCUAAAACGUACAUGUGUAUUUUAUAAUUAAAUUUAUAAAAAAUGGCAUAAAUUCAGAGUUUUAAAUUUCUUUUUAAGAUCACUGAAUACGAAAAAAUUAGUUAGUAUUGGGACGGAAGAUGAAGAAAGGGCAUGGGCAUGAUGAAUAGUUCAAGACCGACUCAGCUGUUAGUUCUCGACCCGGAAGACACGCUUACUUUUGCUGGGUCUUGCAACGAAACAUGCAUUGCUGACUUGGAAGUGACAAAUCCAACUCCAUAUUCGAUAUGUUACAAAAUAAAGACGACCGCGACCCGUCGUUACUCGGUGAAACCGAAAGUGGGGGUUUUGCUACCUUACAGCAGGCAGGUUGUGAAUUUUCAAGUUAAAGGUGAAAAAAUAGACAUAAUGGACAAGUUCAAACUAUUAUCAGCAGUAGUUCCGAACAAUGUUGGUGCAGAUCCAUCACAAAUGUGGGAAUACAUCAACGAAGCAACAACGAUGCAAUCGAAAAUCAAAGUCAUGUUCAUUGAAAAAACUGAGAGUGAUACGCAAAUGCAAACGGCGGUAUUGAAGAAAACUACAGUACAGACAAUUUUAGCUGGGACAUUUCUCAUCAUUACGGCAUUCUUCAUUUCAUUUUUUUAUCAUUCUUAAGUUAUAUUAAAUGAUGAUUGCUGACGUAUAUGUUAAUAAAUAGCGUUCCUAAAGCUUAAAAUUACUAACCAGGUCAUAUUUUCUUUCGAAUUAAGAUUCCAUGAAAAAUGUCAAAUUCUUGCCUCAAACUGCUUUGGAGUCUUCUACUAUUUCUUAUUGGAAGGAGAAACUUUGUUCAAUUAUUUACAAGAAAUAAUGACUUUUUAAAACAGUAAUAAGCAAUCACACUCUAUGAUUUUAUCAACUUCUUUUGCGAGUGUUCUACUUAGGUUCCCAAGUUCGAUGAAAACUUAUUUUUUAUUAAAAUAUCUGGAAGUUUCACUCCUGCAGGUUCGUUAUUGUCCAACUAUAACACUAAAAAAAAGAGACAUUUUCAUCUUUUUAGCUGUUUAGAAACACUUCUGGGUGCAUUCAAACAAAAUAAAUGAAUCUUGUCUAGUUGAACUAAAGUCCACUAGGGUAAAAA